CUUACGAAAUUGAAUCUGCCGAUUAGAUCGAACUGCCCUAGUUGCAGAGGCAGAUGUACGCAAGAAUCUUUAAGAAAGAAUGAGACCCCUCAACCACAAUGAAUUCCUCAAUUCAGGGUUUUCAGUCUAUUAAAAUUUGCAGACUCGGCCAUGUGCUUUAGCUCGGCAGAGUAUGGGGAAGGAGUCGAAGCGCCCAGUGCUCGGAGCAGCGUGGACGGGUUGUUUGCUCAUCGCGGUUUCGCUCUGUAUUGCGCUUCUCGUAUUGAAGGACGAGCCAUUUCUAUCAUGGAGGAAUCAGAUUCCAAAUUGGAGGGGCAACGGUGAUGCCGGAGAGCUAGGCGAGGUCACCGGAGACAGAGACGCUCUCGAGGAUCUGCUAAGAAGACUAGUAAGAGGGGAAGAGAGAAACCAACUUCAGGUUGAAGGGUUCACAUGUCACUUUGACCUACACACCGAAAUGUGUCUCUCAGCUAAACCCGUUAGGAUCUCCAAUGGCGGUUUGACUGUUCACGUACGGUCGGAUGGAUCUCAGUUCAGGCGCUUGAUUCGACCCUAUGCGAGAAGAGAAGACAGGGGGGCAAUGAAACUAGUCACUCAGGUCCAGAUACUUCACAGGGACGCAGCUAAUUUACCGGCCUGCAAUUUCAUGCACAGCACCCCAGCAGUGAUCUUCUCGACGGGCGUCACCGGAAACACCUUCCACGAGUUCAGCGAAAUCAUCAUUCCCUUGUUCCUCACCUGCCAGCACUUCCGCUCGCAGCUGAAGUUCGUCGCCACCGAUUACAACCAAAGGUGGAUUCAGAAAUAUUCAAGUAUUUUGAACCGCUUGUCUGAUUACGAGGCUCCCAAUUUAGCCGAUGGGAGCGUUCACUGCUUUCCAGGGGCAGUUGUGGGACUUAGGUACCACGGCAAUUUAGCCCUGAACACCAGCGACGUCCCCGGAGGACACUCCAUGCGUGAAUUCAGGCAAUUCCUCAGAGAAUCCUACAAUUUGAAGACCAAGAACGUGCACGAGAUCGGAAAGCUACGAAAGCCGGUCCUGAUCCUCAUUUCCAGGAGUAACUCGAGAAAAUUCCUGAAUGAGGACGCCAUCAUGGAACUGGCGCAGGAGUUGGGCUUCCAAGCAGUGAUGGCAGGGCCUAGUACGAUAUCGAAUCUAGAGCAGUUUGCGAAGAUGGUUGGUUCGUGCAGCGUUCUCAUCGGUGUCCACGGUGCCGGUCUUGCCAACGAGAUCUUUUUGCCGGAUGGCGCAGUGGUAGUUCAGGUGGUUCUACUAGGACUAGAGUGGGCUUCAACCAACUACUUCGAAAUUCCGGCUACCGCAAUGGAUCUGCAAUAUCUGGAGUAUAAGAUAGAGCCCCAGGAGAGCUCUCUCGCUGAAGAAUACGGGCUCGAUCAUCCGGUGAUUGUUGACCCUUUAUCGGUCUUUGCCAAGGGGUACCCAGCAGUUAGGGCUGUGUAUGUUGAUGGCCAGAAUGUGACGAUCAACUUGGAUAGAUUUAAGGGCACACUGGUGGAAGCAAAGAGACGGGUUGGACAUUCCACGACUUAGGGCUGAGUUCACCGUCAUUACAUAGCAGAAUGCAACAUUGUUGGCUUUCUGUCACCUGUUCCUGGAUAUGCACAUGAACUUCUACAUUGCAGCAAAAUUCUAUUGUUUAAAACGGAACCAUUUUCCGUAUUGGUUUAUUACAAAUAUUGUUGGUAA